CUUAAACGUCAUCGACAGCUACUAGGAUGAUCUAUUUUGGCCCGUACCAGCUACCGUCGAUGAUCGGGGCUUAUCUAGCCAACGCCUGGAGCUACUGCCGUGUGAGCGCAAUCAUGUAUGCAUCCAGGUUCUCCCACGCGUAACCCAGCUUGACUUCUUGCGCGGUUUCCGCCGCCCCUAGCGUCGAGUCCGGAUACAAUCCCGAGGCCAGAUGCCCAUCGACCCGAAGAGGAUCCACUAUCGUUCCCGAAAGAGCCUGCUCCCAUUCCCAGUCCCACAGCCGCUGCUGUGUCACUGGGGAUAUCGGCGGUUCCCAUAUCAUCUGCGCCUCAGUCGGGCUGGAAGCACGCGACAAGUCCGCGGUAGAUUGAAUUUGGCGUUUCGGGAGAGUCGCGCUAUCGACCAUGGUCCGAGAACCCCCGAUCAGCUCAAAGUCAGUGUCGUCCGCGAGAUCAUUCAGGUCGACGUCAGCCAGAACAGGCACCGGGAUAUCAUUAGCGGCGGCAAAUGCAACCGCUGCUUUAUUUCGGAGACGAUGAAGGACGGUCUAUCGUCAAUUAGACGGUGCCCAGAUGCGGACGAAGAAAAAGAACGUACUAAAGCUCCAGUAACUACGACACAGUGCUUUGAGGCCCGUUCUAUCAACUCGACGGUGGUCAGGAGAUCUGCGAGUGCUACGGGAGCCAACAGGUGCUUCGGACACUUGGCAGCGACGGAAGCGAGGAUAAACUAGGCCGGAAAAACGGAAGCGAACAAUCAGGAGCCCAGCGAAAGCGAAGUGGCUAGGAACUCACAGCCGAGUUUGUCACUGAUAAUAAGGGCCACCACCGGUGGAUGUAUUCUGGAUAUGCCUCCAAGAACCGCAUAUCCGCCUUAAUCAUCGAAUUUGCGCCACGAUAGGCUGCUAAAAAGGACGCUGCAUACGGAGAAUCGAGGGGAUUAGUAGGGUUGUGCUUGAUUGCCUUGACGAAUGACGACCGAUGUAUGUAAAUGAUUACUGCUCGUUUGUCAGCUUUGUUUCCGGAAGAAUGAAUCCAAUCUGACAGUUAUGGGACAAUCGAGGGAUCAUAUGCGCCCGAAUGUA